AUGGACUUUCCAAGAAGAAAUAAUGUGGAAGAACAACGAUGUGUAAUCGGACUACAAGACUUGCAAAUAUCGAACAAAGACGAAAAUGAAACUGAGCAGGCGCACAGUGCAACGACAUCUAACUUAGCGGCGCAGACAAAAAACAGGCCCGUGGGCGCGAUUGAAAGUUUUACUUUAGAUAGUAAUCCAAAUAAUCGUCAAGAUUACAGUUUUUAUGAGCGUUCUAACGUAAUAGCAGCUUCUAAAUACGCAACACCUAAGCGCGUCGAAACUAUUGCUUCAAUAAACAAACGCGAUAUCAAUGCCACUGCCCUGCCGCCCAGCCCUACGCGCUCAAUAGAAUCAAUAUCACAAAGGUCUUUAAGCUAUCAAACAGAAGACUUAUAUGAAAUACCAGGUAACACGAAUGCUUCGUAUCCGCCCCCUGUGUAUGAAAAUAUAGACUAUUACGGUGAGCAACAGUUGCCUCCACCCCCAUUCUAUCAUCAACUAUACCAACAGGCACCCCCUUUGGUCCCUGAAAGCUACUACGACACCAGAUACAGUAAGGCACAGCCUCAAGUACCAGUAAACACAAAACCAAAACCAGUUGUCUAUGAGAACAUGCUUUGUUCUGAUAAUGAAAAAAAAACUGACUUUAAAACACAGGCAAUUCCAAACCAACACUUUAUACAACAGAGCUCAACUCCAGGGCCUCAAGUCCCAAACACUAGUCUGAAUAAAAAUAUUUUAAGUGAUAAAUGUAAGCUAGAUAAAAUCCCACCACCUCCACCAUAUAACUCAUCUCAGGACACAUCAUGUGGUGACUACACAAUAAUGAAAUCUGCUCCUCCGAAAUACAGUGAUGUGAGUUCACUAUUAAAAACUGACAAUAAACUGACUAGUAUUGAAGAUAAGGUUACAAGUGUUAAGCCUUCAAGUGCAAUAUAUGCUUCAAUAGCCCCUAGUGCUCAACGACCAAAAGCAAACAUAGCUACAGAAGUCCAAACAGCUGUGCCUGCUCCAAAAUUUUUUCACCCGAAGCCAUUGCUAGGUAAUGGACUUGGGAAAAUUAAACAAACAGUGGCAAAUGGGUAUAACCUAAAUUUAAAAAUGCAAGCUGGUAGGAUGCAAAUUGUUGAUGAUACAAAUGGUUCUGACUAUGUUUGCAUGACUGGUGGAACAUCAGCAUCAGCUGUAGCUGCAGCAAGUAGAGACAAUGUCUCUUUAUCAGAAUCUGUGGGAUCUAGAAAUCUUACAUCUACAAGAACAUCUCUCUGUUCACCUGCCCAAUCACCAGCACCGAGUCCAACACCCAGCUCUAUGUCACAAGUAUCGGGUGGAUCAAGAGGCUCUGGGGGAAGAGGAAAGAGCUUGCUUCCAUACAGUAUAACUCCUCCCCGCCCUCAAGGCCCCAGUGAGGCUCAGCGAAAAAUAGAAGAAAUGACCAGGCAACUAGAAGAGGAAAUGGAAAGGCAAGAUGAAGAAGGAGAAUACUUUGGUAUUUGUCACACAUGCGGCACUGGAGUAACAGGAGCUGGUCAAGCAUGCCAGGCAAUGGGUAAUUUGUAUCACACCAACUGUUUUAUCUGUUGUUCAUGUGGUCGGGCUCUUAGAGGAAAAGCAUUUUACAAUGUUCAUGGAAAAGUAUAUUGCGAGGAAGACUAUUUGUAUUCUGGUUUUCAACAAACUGCAGAAAAAUGUGCUAUUUGCGGCCAUCUUAUAAUGGAAAUGAUUUUACAAGCAAUGGGCAAAUCAUAUCACCCGGGUUGUUUCCGAUGUUGUGUCUGCAAUGAAUGCCUUGACGGAGUUCCCUUUACUGUUGAUGUUGACAAUAAGAUAUACUGUGUCAAUGAUUAUCAUCGCAUGUUUGCACCCAAGUGUGCCAGCUGUGGAAAAGGCAUAACACCCGUUGAGGGCACAGAUGAAACAGUCCGAGUGGUUUCAAUGGACAGGGACUUCCAUGUUGAUUGCUAUAUGUGCUGUGUGUGUGGUAUGCAGCUGACAGACGAACCCGAUAAACGAUGCUACCCAUUAGCAGGUAAACUUAUGUGUCGGGCUUGCCAUUUGUCGACGAUAGGUGCCGCAUCAGGACCUGGAAUGGCGCCCGCGCCACAUCUUUCACCAGCUUCCUACCAGUAUAUGGGCUAA